CUAUUUGUAAAGUCUUGAAAUAUAUAAGUUCUUCUUCUUCUUCGGCUGCUGUCUUUUGGACUCUCUGCUUUAACCCAGAAAAAUGGAUUCUUCAUGCCUUGUUGUGUUGUCUCUAAAGCUAAUUCCUUUCUUCAAUCCUCUCAAAGCAUGUUCCUAUUCUCCUCCGCACCGUGUCUCCUCCUACUACUCCCGCCGCUUCUACUCCCCGGCCACCGUUAACGUCGCCAAGAAAACCUCACAGAGCAUUCCUUCAGAAUUCGAUGACAGAAUCAACGGCUCUCUCUCUCCCGACUCCGAUUCACGCUUCCUCGACCGUCAAAAGGCUUUAGAGGCAGCAAUGAAUGACAUUAACGGUUCUUUUGGUAAAGGAAGUGUAACAAGGUUGGGGAGUGCUGGUGGAGCUUUAGUGGAGACUUUUCCGAGUGGUGUAUUGACGCUUGAUCUUGCCUUAGGUGGAGGCCUGCCAAAGGGUCGAGUAGUCGAGAUAUAUGGACCAGAAAGUAGUGGCAAGACCACACUAGCACUCCAUGCAAUUUCUGAAGUGCAGAAGCUUGGAGGCAAUGCGAUGCUUGUUGAUGCAGAGCAUGCCUUUGAUCCAUCAUACUCUAAAGCAUUAGGUGUUGAUGUUGAAAAUCUCAUAGUGUGUCAGCCAGACAAUGGCGAGAUGGCUUUAGAAAUUGCAGACCGUAUGUGUCGUUCUGGUGCAGUUGACCUUAUAUGUGUUGAUUCUGUCUCAGCACUUACUCCACGUGCCGAGAUUGAAGGUGAGAUUGGGAUGCAGCAAAUGGGGUUACAAGCUCGUCUUAUGAGUCAAGCUCUUCGUAAAAUGUCAGGAAACGCCUCUAAAGCUGGUUGUACUCUUAUUUUCCUAAACCAAAUUAGAUACAAGAUUGGUGUGUACUAUGGGAAUCCAGAGGUGACUAGCGGAGGAAUUGCGUUGAAGUUCUUUGCGUCGGUCCGGCUAGAGAUUCGUUCUGCAGGGAAGAUCAAAUCUAGCAAAGGGGAUGAAGAUAUUGGUCUUCGGGCUCGUGUAAGAGUGCAGAAGAGCAAGGUUUCAAGACCGUAUAAGCAAGCCGAGUUUGAGAUUAUGUUCGGGGAGGGAGUCAGUAAACUGGGAUGUGUUCUUGAUUGUGCUGAGAUUAUGGAGGUUGUGGUGAAGAAGGGUUCUUGGUACAGCUAUGAAGACCAAAGGCUCGGGCAAGGAAGAGAGAAAGCACUGCAGCAUUUAAGGGAGAACCCUUCUCUUCAAGACGAGAUUGAGAAGAGAGUGAGAUUGUUGAUGUUAGAUGGAGAAGUACAUCGAUCAACUCCUUUGUUUAGCAGCAGCAGCUCAUCCUCGGUUUCACGUGAUGAUGAAGAGGAAGAAGAAGACGCUCUUGACGAGUUCCAAUGACUGAGUUCUACACCAAAAUGUUCGAAUCAACAACACUCAUGUUCAUCUAAUCAUCUCUCAUUUUCAAGUAUCAUCUCCAAAUGAGUUCAGUCUAUAAAACUGUAUUCAACUUCUUGUUUUUGUACACCGAGAUCUCUGAAAGAUGGGUAUUACACAAACGCUACUAGAGUUCUUUAUAAAAUUCAAA